UGGGGGGGGGGGAGGGGAGAACACAGAAGCCCAAAGCAGGCAGGACUCCUCCCCAAUUCAAGCCGCUGGUUAGCUCACAGGGAGUCACAGCGAGGCGGGUUACGCGGCUGACGGACUUCAUCUUUGAGGAGUUAAGGCUUUAACGCUUCUUCCUGCGCUCCCCCCCCCCCGCUCUCCCAAAGUGGUUCGUUCCGUUGCCUUAGCGGCUCCGACAACAACGGGCGCGGGAGGCGGCGCGGGGAGCUGAAUUCUAUUAAAAGAAUUGCCAGUAUGGAAGAUACUGAGUUCUUUGAUAUUUGUGAAAAGGAACAGACAGCCGCUACACCAUUUUUGGAACAAGGAAAAGAUGACGAUGACAGUGUAACAGAUCAGUUCUGGAAUGUGGCGAACCAACCGAAAGGACACAAGAUUGGAGAAGAGUCAGAGGAAGAUGAUAAAAUCAAAAGCAAGGAUGCUUCUGAAGGAGUUGGAGAGGACUCUGAUUCUAGCGGGGAAAGCCAGGAGCACCACAUGAACAAUGGUAAUAACAAUAAUAAUAAGACCAUGAAGUAUGCAGACAGAGUUUGGAUAUUAAACCUGCGCAGAAAUCUCAACCAGCUUGACAACAUAGCCAAAGAAAAGGCUCUUACCAUUGCAAAAGCAAGAGAGGAGCUCAGUGCCUGCCAGCUGCGGAUCGAAAUGCUAACAAAAGAACGAGAGUGCACAGAGACCAAAAUAGAAGAAAAGAAAGAGGCUGGAAAUAUUGCUGCUGUAUUCCGCCUACAGGCAAUGCACAGACGACUGUGUGCUGAACUGGGGAACGAAAAGGACCUUGAGUCAAAAAUUGCUUUGAUGCUGAAAGAAAAUGUGUAUGAGAUGUGGCAGAUAGAAAUUGAGCAGGGGAAAUUUGGAAGCCUCCGGGAGCAACUUGAACAGGAUGAGGAGGAACUAGAGAGAGAGCGCAAAGAGCAGGCGGAACAGAGGAUUCAGAAAGAAAAGACUGUAUCCCAGCUGGCAGAACGAAAACAACAGGUUCGAAAAAAAAAAGAAACGGAAGCCUGGGAGGCGUAUGAGAGAAGACAUCAAAAAGCAGUCGAAGAUGCACACAAGAAUCAUGAGAAAGCGGCUCAGUUUCUGAAAAAAUCUAUGUCAAGAAUUCGUCAGAAAGAAGCAAAGGAAGAACUGAAAACUCAGGAGCAUAUGGAAAAAAGGAUGCAAGCUGUGCUGUCCCUGAAAAACAACAUAACUUCCAAUAGGGAAACCCUUCGAACCCUCCAGCUGAGGGACAAAGCAAAGGCUCUUGAGGCAAAAAAGCAAGAGAUGAAGAUGAGAGGGGAUAUUUUGGCAGAAGGAGGCGAUGUCACCAAGGAGAUUUUUCUCCAUAAACAACGUAUUGAGUUAGAAAGGCACAAGGAAGAAUUUACAGAACAGCAGAAAUCUAGAAAAACGGAGAUUGUAGCUCGGAUUUUGCAAGAGGAAGCAUAUGUAGAGAAGCAGAAAAAACAUCAAGCUCGGGCAGAAGCACUUAGGAGUCAGGGUAAACUUCAGGAUUCCUUACAAUGGAGAAUCAAAACAUGGCAGUAUAUUGAGAAUGCCUGUGAAGAUCCAGCUGCAACAGUACUGCAGAAGUCUUGGCGCACUCCAUCAGCUUGUUCCUUAGUUGAUGACAAAUCUAGUUCUGUGGUGGAUUUUUCUAAAAAAGCAUUGCAAGAUACGAUCCAUGAAAAUGAUGAUGAAGAGGCGAGUCAGACUCUAGCUGAGCCAGAGUUUACAGGACUUUGGAGUCAAGAAUGUAACUUAUACAAGAUGCCAAAAGAUGAAACAGAUCCAAAGCCACUAGGUGCAAGUAAAAUGGAAAGAAAGAUUUUCACUGAAAACUUGGAGAAACUUCGAAGUGGAAUUAUUCGCAAACAAGUCGUGUCCGGUCAUGAAUUUAAGGGGUGUCCUUUUUAUAGCAAACCAAGUCUUAUUCACUUCAAGGAUUUUGAUGUAGGUAAAACCUACAAAAAGAAGAUAAUUUUGAUAAAUGCAUCCUACAGUGUUAACUUCUGCAAGCUGGUGGGAGUCAGUGAGCAUCUCAAAGAUUUCAUCAAUAUUCACUUUGAUCCACCUGGCCAGAUGUCUGCUGGAAUCUCAUGUGAAGUGGUGGUAACAUUUAAACCAAUGAUAAAUGAAGUUCUUGAAGGAAAAGUCACAUUUUUAGCUCAGAAUGGUUCCUUUUCCAUUCCACUGAAAUGUACAACCAAGAGAUGUGUUCUGGCACUAGAUAAAGAGCUCAUUGACUUUGGCACUCACGUGGUGGGGGAGACAAUUUCACGGACGAUCAUCCUAACAAACCAUGGCGCUUUGGGAACGAGAUUUAAACUUCAGACAUCAACGGGUGACAAUGGCACAUGCACAACAACAGCAAAAUCUUCCCUUGAAAGAAUGGUUAGUCCUGCUUUAGAUGGCAUCACCUCUGGAGAGAAAGCCAGCAGCAGUCCGGUGGAAUCAUCUAUAUAUGAAAACAAGGAACAAGUUUAUCCUGUCCAUACUGAAGAAGUUACCCUACACAUAAGCCUGCCUGAGAGCCAGAAGACUGAAAGCAACUUAGGCAGCAGCCAUAUAGAACAAUUUAGUCAAGAUGCAUUAAUCACCGAGGCAGAUCUAGAGACAGAAAAUGCACAAAGCCCAGCAGAAUCGCCACCUGAAGAAGAACCCAUUGAAAUUACACUGGGCAAGGUUACAGAAGGUGAAAUUGGACCCUUCAGCUCAAUCAAACUUCAGAUUAUUUUUACUCCCUGUGUCCCUGGGGAUGUACGUGCAGAGUUUGAGAUUACAUUUGACAACCCAAACUGCAAACCACUACACUUUUGUGUCAUUGGAGUCUCUGUUGAUGUGCCUGUUUGGGUGCCCAAUCCAAAUGUCGAUCUAAAGAUCUGUAUGUACGACCGGCUCUAUCAGGACUGUAUCAUUAUUCGAAGCAGAGCAAAAGCCGCUCUACGCUUGAAGUUUGAAGUAUGCAAAGAACUGAGUAACCACAUGGAGCUUCUUCCGAAAACAGGUUACAUUCAAGCCCAGUCAUCCUUCAGUGUGCAGCUGAAGUUCCUGCCCAGGCACUCUCUCCCAGAAGAUGCAGGAAAAUAUUUUGACACAGAAACCAGGGUUCUGGAAGUUCCAAUGACAAUAAAGAUUGCUGAUAAGACUAAGCCAGUUGAAUUUAUUGUCCAUGCAAUUGUUACUACCUCUGAUUUGGAAAUCAGCCCAGCUGAAGUGAAUUUUGGUUACUGCACUAUCUAUGAAGCUGUUCAGACAACCAUAACUCUAACAAACAAAUCCAUCCUGCCACAAAAGUUUGGAUUUGUUGGACUCCCUGAGUUUGUAGAAAUUCAACCGAGUGAUGGAUUUGGAACUCUCCUCCCCCUGGAAAGCCUGAACCUGGACAUAAUCUUCAAAGCCAACAAGGCAAAGGAAUACAGUUUUGAGCUGACCUGCAAGUCGGAGAUUAAUAGACAAUUCAAGCUGUCAUGCAAAGCAAUUGGAGUCCACCCACCUCUUGAGUUGUCUCAUUCCUUAGUCAAGUUUGCAGCAACAGCUUUAAAUGAUGUAUCUACAGCGACACUGUAUGUGAUAAAUGCACAUGUGAGCCUCAACCGCUUUACUCACACUGUCCCAAGGAUCGGUAAAGGGGAAAUUGCCCCUGUUGGACCCACUUCCUUUGAAUUCCUUGUGCCAGAAGAUUCUCCUGUGACAAUUAUGCCUUCUGUUGGGACAGUUUUGCCAGGGAAGAAAUGCUUGAUACAAGUGUACUUCAGACCAGUGUUGUCAGAACAGCUAAUCAGAGAAGAGGCAGUUCAAAUGCUGCGUAGGGCAGAUGCACAAAGGACGAUGUUGAAGAAGAUUCAUGAAUCAGAAAUGCAAAAGAGGAAAGACGAAACUGUUGCAGGAAAGAAAGAUGGAAAGAAACCAAGUUUUGCCGCUUUCAGACAGCCUUUGAGGGUCAGAAACAGUAAAUAUGCAGCUGCUAGCAGUGGCUUUGAGCCAUCAAAGCCAGAAGAAAUAAAAACCAACUCUGAAGAAUAUAUUGCAGCUCAGUAUUCCCUGAUUAGGAAUUUCACAGGAAAGUUUGAGAGAUACAUCAUACCUUGUUUUGUUGCAAGUGGAGAUAUUGAUGAAAAGAGAGGAUCGGAAAAUCUAAAGUACAGUCCUUAUAACACCUUGUACCUAGAGUUGCACUGUCCUGCUGUAGCACCAUCUGUUGUGGUUACUUCAAAUAAUGGAAAAAACAUGAUCAACUUUGGGGAGGUCGCAGUAGGCCACAGAAUAAUCGAACGGAUUACAAUACAGAACAUCUCCCAGGAGCAGCUAGCACUAGGAUUCUCCAUCCUGAACCCCAAUGGGCCCUUCCUAUUGAUCAGUCCAGUUGGCACUCUUGAGCCAGGCGAAAACCAGUUUCUCUUAAUUUCUUUUUGUCCAAAUGAGAGUAAAUUGUUCUUUGAAACUCUGGAUAUCCGGACCAUAAAAGCCACCCUGACCCUCAGUAUUAUUGGCCAUGGGGUGGCUCCGUCAAUUGCUUGUUCUGUGGAAGGAGAAGUGCUCGAUAUGGGAUAUGUCAUAGCCAAAGAGAAGGUCACUUCCACAUUCAAGAUACAGAACACUUCCACUCUGCCCCUGAGAUACUCCAUCAAACUAGAGUCACUCUCACAAACCAGGCUCAAAGAGCAGCAGAGACUUCCCUUCUUCAUCACGUCUCCCCCAGGACGGACAGAUUUUGUUGGUACACAGAACUACAGUGGGUUAAGUGUGUUCAACAUAUUUCCAGUAGAGGGCGUAAUUGAGCCUAGGAAGAGUCAGGAUUUCACUGUUACUUUCAGUCCAGACCAUGAAAGUUUGUAUUAUUCUGACUGUCUCAAGGUUGUGCUCUUUGGCAAGGAAAUAGCUCGUGUGAUCUGGCUGAAGGGUGCUGCAAGAAACCAUAUGAUGUUUGUGGAAGGAGGGGAUCCAUUGGAUGUGCCCAUGGAGUCUUUGGCUAUAACAUCACCCAUGUCUGAAGAAGCAGCAAAAGGAGAGCUGGAAGAACCAGCAAAGCCCCUUCUCCUGAGCCUGGAGUACAUCCAGGCAGAGACCUCUGGGACUCCGGCAGUGAGGGAGCUGAAAAUCGGGGCUAUACGGACAGCUCAGUUUGCAUCGAAGAAGAACGUAGAGUUCAGUUUGGAUAACCUGCCACUCCUGCAGCAGAAGGGAUUUACCAUCGAGCCUGUUAAAGGAACAGUUGAUCGUGGUCAAAUCAAAUGCAUCAGUGUUUCUUGGGUGCCACCUGCUGACUUUGAUCCAGAUCACCCUUUGAUGGUGGCAGCUGUACUGACCUUAAAAGGAGACAUUAAAGAAUCUUACAAAGUCCUCUUCGUAGCCAGAGUUGUGUGCACAUGAACUCCCACCGAGUGAAGAAUCCAAGCUAAAACUUGCGAAGAAUCACUGAGGAUUGCUCAGGCUGGUAACUCAUUAUUAGAUCUCAGAAUGUAAGGAGCUUGUGCAAGAGACUUCAGAGAGCAUUUUAGUUUGUACAUGCAAAGAUGUGAUUGCUGCAGAAACAUUUCUGCUUUUGUAGAACUCUAAGAGUGAUGGCUUUCUUCAAAGAACUUCUUUGUAGAGUGUAGAAUGAGACCUUGUGAACAAAGAAAAGAUGCCUGAUAGUGUAUUAUCCUCAUUAUGGGCCAAAUCCUGAGAGAUAUCAUGCACCUACAACUGCCCUGAACUCGUGUCAGCUCAGACCCAGAUUUUUAAAAGCAUUGGGCAUUGCUGUGCUCAGCGUUGCAGUGCCUAACUGAUUUAGGAGCCUACACUCAUUUUCAAAAGUAAUUUAGGCACUUAAGUCUAAAUCCCCUCCAUUGUUAAUGCAAUUGUGGCUCCUAAGUACUUAAAUCCCUUUGGGAAAUGAGACUUAGGCAUUGCAACACUGAGUGUAGUAACCCCUAAAUACCUUUAUAAAGCUGGACCUCAGGGUCAGGGGGUUUCCCUGUCAGUGUGUGUAAGGCUGUCAACAUUUUUCCAGCUGAUCCUAUUUUUUUGGUAAUCGUUUUAAUAAAUAUACAAAACAAGCAAUAAACACACAAAGGCUUUUUCUUGUCUAAGAUGGAAUUAAAACUUCCAUAGAAAUCUCUCCCUCUGCUCCCAACCCAGUGGAAAUCAGUUCCCACCGUACAGUUUGUACAGAACAGCAAGGAUUUUAAGUGGGAUCUCUGCCCCAUGCUCUUGACUGCAUCACAGGAUCUGGUUAUUUGGACCCCUGUCUUAUAUCCACUCAAGUAAUUUCAUAUUAUACAUUCAUGUUCCCUAGGAGUUUUAUAAGUAAAAGUGUUGAUUUCUCCUCAUUACCAAGGAGCUAAGCUGAUCUGCAUGUAGAAGGAAGCUCUGCUUCAAUGGGCACUUGGCGCCAGCAACCAUUGCAGUGAAAGACAGGGUUGACAGGGGAACCAAGGGGAGCAUCAGGAAGCCAGGCGACACAGAACCUCUCUUCACAGGUGACCCUGUACCUCCCACACAUACUCCCCAAGACACCAGAGUGGGGCAGUAUCCACUUCCCCUUUCUCUCAGGGCUUUUUGUCAUUUGGCCCAAGUUUAUUUCACAUUAACCAUUUUGCUGCUGGUUUUCCGCUAUACCUUCUGUAUUACAGACCAUCCAUUAACUUUUCAUUGGACACAGUGGGGUAGGAAGUGCUAUACCUGGUAUGUUCAGCAGCACAGGUGAGCAUAAAGGAAAUAUACCCAGAACAGAAAGAGGAAGAAGACACAUGACUAGAAGUCUAAUUACAGCCCUGCCCCUUUAAGACUCUUCCCGUCCUGUAGUAAGGGAGUCUUAUUUUCCUCUUUAAGUCAAGAACUCAGUGUUAUGCAGUGGAACUCGCGCUGCAACCAAGGAGGUAUUUUAAAGGGCUGGGAUCAUCUCGGUCUAUAAUUAAUACCAUCAGUGUAUUUAGAUGGAUCACCUCCUCCUCCCAUACGGCACAGCUUGUCCUCUUCUGCUGCCAUUAGUGAGCAUCAGAUGGAUCGUGUCAAUAGCCCUGAUUAUGUAACACAUAAAACAUGGCAUAAACACUUAGUCUGUGAUUUGCUAGUUAUAGAACUUCACCAGGUGGAGGUAGGCACCUGACAGUAUCUUUAGGCCUCAUUUAGAUAAGCUGGUAAUGUGAUCCCUUCUAGCUCAGAAUGGAAGGAACAAGCCCAGAUACAAGGAUGUUGUUUAUGAUGUUCAGAAGUUAGAAAUUAACUAGGACCUCAUAUUUACAUAAUACCCAUGAAACAUGCAUGUGUUGCAUCCAGACACCAUACAUCUACGUUGUUUGGAGGACAACGGGGCCAUAUUGACUACAUGACUUGGAUUCUGCCAUUUAGCUGUCACUUAGUCCUGUUGUUUCCCAUUACUUAUUCAUAUUGUUAAGGUAUAUAUUCACAGUUAGAAAGAACAGCUUCCUUUUUAUUGCUUCCCAUCGUGACUUGCUUGUUUCCUGAUUUUGGAUUUCACUCCAAGUGGGGUGCAGAACCACAGCUGGUAUAGAGAGACCUAAUAAUAGGAAUAUUUUCUAAAGAGGUUAAUGAAGACUUCAAGUCACUUGUGAGGGGGGUAGGGUUCUGAAGACUUACAGGGAGAGUAAUUUCUAAUAUUUAAAAUAGUAGUAAGCGUAUUAGGGAACAGUUCAUGCUUGGAGAACCCCCCAUUCCCUCUACAUCUAGGUUAUGAUAAGGGCAUUUUUAGCAGGAAAGACUAUCAAAAUAAUUAGCAGACUUACCUACAUAUCUCUUUCAACUAUUUUGUGUAUAGAGUGAGAUAAAAAAUCUCUACCCUACUUCAGUCUCACCUCUUAUUCACACAGACGCGAGCUCCCCAAUCCAAAUUCACACAGUGCUUAUGCUUUGAUCUCGGUAGAUGAUUAUUUGGCUAAUCCUGGAUUUAAUCCUCAAAAUUAUUUUGCCAACAUGACAGAGGAUCAGGAAGUGAACAAUCCAAGAAGUGACAUUUAAAAAAAAAACACACACCAAAACAAAAACAAAACCCUUCAUAGCUUGUAUACUAAUUCUAUCAAGAGACUGUCUCUGUAGCUUAAGCUGGAUCUGCAGAGUUUUCACAGAGAUUAACCUACCAUUUCAGGAUUCCAAGACCCACUGCACAGUAAAGACACUGAUUGUGUUGUGGAAACACAACUAGAGAGAACAGAGGAGAUCUUAAAGACCCAAAACACAAAUGUUCCCUGCAGUCACACUCCGGACAUACACAGACACAGGAACAUAUUGACUGACUAAAGUGCAGACUGUUAAUGUGAGAGAAGGAACCUCUCCCUUUCCAAGCUAGUGGUCCAGUCAUGUCUGUGGCUGCAUGUCCUCAGCGCCGAUCAGUGGGAUGUAACCCACACACCUCCUGGGUGUGGUGUUGUGUCCCAUCUAGUGGCACUGUCAUAACCAUACAGCUAAGGGUAGCCUAGAAUUCCUCCUUACCUGUAAGGGGUUAAGA